AUGGAUCAAAGGAAGAACAACACUCAAAACCCUAAACAGAUUCAAACUAAUGCAAGACAAAAAAGAAAAGCUGUUGUGGAUAACAAGAAACAAUCCACAAAGAAACCAAAACCUGUCAUCAGUUCUUCCAAGAUAUCACAACAUUCUACCAAUCAAACAUUAACUCCACUUUCUAAUAUUACCAACACCAGAGAUACUAAUGUAAACCUCAGCAAAGCAACUAACAACCAUACACAUGGAAAUACAUCUACAAUUUGUGAUCAAAAUUCUAUGUUUAAUGUUCCAAAGGAAACAAAUCCAACACAAAUUGUUUUUCCUUUAGCCUCAGCCAAUUUCAUAAGAAACUGGAAUGCUACUCUUAGGCAAAUAGCUUCAAAUGAACCAAAUCCUGCUUUUGGUGACAUGCGGCUAAAUGGUUUUGAUCAAAUGAACCAGCCAAGCUCUCAACAAGAUAAACAACCAACUCCUCAAUCUUCCAACACUAUGCAAGGGGAAACUUCUUCAAGAAUUCAAAUGAAUACAAGUUCAAAAAGACAUAGCUGCACUUCAAGUGGUACACAACCAUCUAACUUGAACAACAUUAUUCAACCUCCUGCAAAAAAAUCUCAUUAUCAUACCAGAGGAGUUAAUCUCUACAACAAGUUCACUGCUACACUCAAUCAAAAUGACACAUCUUUAGGGGUAACUGAAGUUGGAACCAAAACAAAAUCUCAGUUUUCCAACCUUUUUGAUAAUCAUGUCAUUGAAUCUUCUUCUGAUGAGUCUGGAUCAGAAGACAGGUGUAGCAGUGAUGAGUAUUCAGAAUCUGAUGAUGAGCAAGAUAUAGAAGAAGAUGAUCAACAAGGUUCAAAUUUUGGGUAUUUUGAUAUAGGUGAUCCUAUAUGGGAAUGCCAACAAUGUGGUGCAUUAAUGUGGUAUCAAGAAAGAAAGAAUAAAAGCAGACAUUCCCUUACACCUGAAUUCCAACAAUGUUGUCAUGGAGGUAAAGCUCAACUGCCAUUGUUGGACCAACCACCAGAACUUCUUCAACAUCUUUUGUUUAACUAUCACAAUGCAGACAGCAAAAAUUACCAAGCACACACAAGAACAUAUAAUUCAAUGUUUGCUUUCACAUCUCCUGGAAUGAAAUUGGAUGACAAAAAAAGAAUUGGUAGAGGUCCACCAACAUUAAGAAUUCAAGGACAAGUUUGUCAUCGAAUUGGGAGCAUGUUGCCAGUCGAGGGUCAACCUCCUAAAUUUGCACAGCUAUAUAUUUAUGAUACUGAAAACGAAAUUAAAAACAGAAUGCAUAUUUUCAGAGAUAACAAAGAACUUGAUGAAAAUAUAGUAAGGAAGUUGAAGGUUAUGCUUGAUGAACACAAUGUCCAUGCAAGAUCAUUUAGAAUGGCUAGACAUACAUUGCAGAAUAAUUUUUUCCAAGAGCUAAAGUUCAAAUUAAUUUCUGAGAGGACUACAGAUGGUAGGAUUUACAAUAAACCAACUGUUUCCGAAGUAGCUGCUCUCAUAGUGGGAGAUAUUGACUCUGCUGCAGAAAGAGAUAUAAUCAUGCACAAAAGAAGUGGUCAUUUGCAAAGAAUAAAUGAAUUUCAUCCAGCUUAUCUUGCUUACCAAUAUCCACUACUUUUUCCUUAUGGUGAGGAUGGGUUCAGGACAGGUAUUCAAUUUAGAUUUAGACACCAAACUGAGAUUACCAAAAGGAAUCGUCUUACAAUCAAAGAUUGGCUUUGUUUUAGAAUCCAAACGCGGAAAAAAGAAGCACAAACUUUGAUAUGUUCAAGAAGACUUUUCCAACAAUUCUUGGUUGAUGGAUAUACAAUGAUGGAAACCGAACGGUUGAAUUGGUUAAGGAAAAAUCAGUCAAAACUCAGAGUUGGAAAGUACCACAAAUUGAAAGAAGGAGCUCAAAAUACUAAUAAUAAUCCAAACCAGAAAAGAGGAACAAGAGUUAUUCUGCCUUCUACUUUUGUUGGUAGUAAAAGAUACAUGGAUCAAUUAUACUUUGAUGGUAUGGCCAUUUCAUCUGCAGUUGGAUUUCCAGAUAUUUUUAUAACUUUCACAUGUAAUCCUACCUGGCCUGAAAUUACAAGAGAGUUGGCAAAACAAAAUUUGAAACCUCAAGAUCGACCGGACAUUGUUUCAAAGGUUUUCAAAAUCAAAUUUGACGAGCUUAUGAAAGAUCUAACAAAAAGACACAUCUUAGGGAAAGUCUUAGCAUAUAUGUAUACAAUUGAAUUCCAAAAAAGAGGUCUGCCACAUGCUCAUAUAUUGAUUUUCUUACAUCCAUCAAGCAAAUAUCCUGCACCUGAUGAUAUUGACACAAUUAUUUCUGCUGAGAUACCAAACCCUAAUACUGACUUUGAGCUUUACAAUUUGGUCAAAAAACAUAUGAUCCAUGGUCCAUGUGGACAAUCCAGACUUCAAUCACCAUGCACUGUCAAUGGGAGAUGUACUAAAUUCUUUCCUAAAAAAUACAAUGAAAAAACCAUAGUUGAUCAAGAUGGAUAUCCUGUUUACAAAAGAAGUUCAAAUAGUCAUACAGUGGAAAAAAAUGGUAUUACUUUGGACAAUGGAUAUGUUGUUCCAUAUAAUAAAAGGUUGUUGCUCAAAUACCAAGCUCAUAUCAAUAUGGAAUGGUGUAACCAAUCUUCAUCAAUUAAAUAUUUGUUCAAGUACAUACACAAGGGUUAUGAUCGAAUCACAGCUUCAGUGGUACGAACACAAAACAAUGUUACUAAUGAACAAAGUCAAAUUGAUGAAAUCAAGCAGUAUGUUGAUUGCAGAUAUAUUUCACCAUCUGAGGCAUGUUGGAGGAUUUUUUCAUACAAAAUUCAUGGUAGACAGCCAGCUGUUGAGAGAAUGUUUUUUCAUUUGGUCGGAGAGAAUACUAUAUAUUUCACUGAUUUUGACCGUAUGGAAAACAUUUUGGAAAAACCAAGUGUCACAGAAUCUAUGUUCACAUCAUGGUUGCAAGCAAAUAAAGACUAUCCAUCUGCAAGAAAACUGACAUAUGGUCAGUUUGUCACAAAGUUUACAUACAACAAAAAAAAGAAAUCUUGGACACCAAGGAAAAAAGGUUUCAAGAUUGGAAGAUUGAUUUGGGUUCCUCCCACCACAGGAGAACUGUUUUACUUGCGAAUGAUGUUAACUGUUGUCAAAGGACCAAUGUCUUUCGAAGAUAUUCGAAAAGUCGGUGAUAUACAAUAUCAUACCUUUAGAGAUGCAUGUUUUGCCAAAGGAUUUCUUGGAGAUGAUAAAGAAUACAUCAGUGCAAUCAGAGAAGCUCAUGGAUGGGGACCAGGUUAUUUUUUAAGAAAGUUGUUUGUCAUUCUACUUGUGUGUAGUUGCAUGAAUAGGCCAUAUUUUGUAUUCAAGAAAACAAUACAGUGGCUUUCUGAUGGAAUUCUAUAUCAACAAAGGAUAAUUGCACAUAAUCAAGACUUGCAACUGACUGAUGAUGAGAUAGAAAAUUUAACCCUGUUGGAGAUUGAGAGGUAUUUGCAAGGCAACAGAAGAUCAUUAAGGGAGUUUGGUUCAAUGCCUUAUCCUAAAGGUUAUGUCCUAGAACAAUUGGGGAAUAGACUUAUAUACGAUGAGAGAAAUUACGAUGUUCCAACACUUAAACAAGAAUUCGCUGAAUUAUCCGCUUCACUAACAGAUGAGCAAAGGAGUCAUUUUAAAACAAUUAUGACUGCUGUGAACAAACAAGAUGGAGGUGUUUUCUUUUUACAUGGUUAUGGUGGAACUGGUAAAACAUACAUUUGGAGAACACUUGCAAGUGCAUUGAGGUCAAAACAAGAGAUUGUACUUACUGUGGUAACAAGUGGAAUUGCAUCACUACUACUACCUGGAGGAAAAACUGCUCAUUCAAAAUUUAAAAUCCCUAUUCCAACUUUAGACAAUUCAACUUGCAAAAUAGACCAUGAUAGUGAUCUUGCUGAAUUGCUAAGACAAACAAAGUUAAUAAUUUGGGAUGAAGCACCAAUGGCUCACAGGUAUUGUUUUGAAUCUUUAGAUCGUUGUCUACAGGAUCUUAUGACUAAAGAUGGAGAGGAAAAAAAAAUAUUUGGUGGUAAGGUUGUUGUGUUUGGAGGUGAUUUUAGACAAAUACUUCCAGUUAUUCCAAGAGGAAGCAGGUCUGAUAUUGUCCAUGCUUCAAUCAAUGCAUCUUAUAUUUGGGAUCAUGUAAAGGUUUUGACUCUAACCAAAAACAUGAGACUGCGACAAGGCCCGAAUAAUGAGGAAAAUGAUGAAAUUGAAUCUUUUUCAAAUUGGCUCUUAGCAGUUGGAGAAGGAAGAAUUUCUGAACCUAAUGAUGGAAUUGCACAAAUUGAAAUUCCAAAUGAUAUUUUGAUUUCAAAGUUUGAUGAUCCAAUCAAAGGCAUUGUGGAUAGUACUUAUCCAAAUUUCCUGCAGAGUUACAAGGAUUAUGAAUAUUUACUCAGUAGAGCAAUCUUAGCAUCUACAAUUGAAGUGGUUGAUUCAAUUAAUGAUUACAUGCUCAACAUUAUGCCAGGCGAAGAGCAGGAAUACUUGAGUGCAAAUGAUAUCGACAGAUCAGAAAUUCAUGAUCAUCGUAUUACACAACUGUUUACUCCUGAGUUUUUGAGCUCUCUCCGGACUUCUGGUCUUCCAAGUCACGGUAUUAAGCUCAAGGUUGGAUCACCAAUUAUGUUAAUGAGGAAUAUUGAUCAGACUCAGGGUUUAUGCAAUGGUACAAGAAUGAUUGUAACCAGACUAGCUGACCAUGUGAUUGAGGCAAAAAUAAUUGGUGGCAAGAAUCAUGGAAAUAAAGUAUACAUUCCAAGAUUGGAUAUGUCUCCAUCACAGUCCCCAUGGCCUUUCAAAUUAAUACGAAGACAAUUUCCAAUUAUCGUAUCAUAUGCCAUGACCAUUAACAAGUCACAAGGACAGUCUUUGGAUAAUGUUGGUGUUUAUUUGCCGAGAGAUGUUUUUUCCCAUGGUCAGAUAUAUGUAGCUGUUUCUAGAGUUAAAAGCAAAAAAGGUAUUAAGAUCUUGAUUCACGAUCAGAAGAAUCUUCCUAAAGAAACUACAAAUAAUGUUGUCUUCAAGGAAGUGUUCAGUAAUAUUUGA